UUGAACGGUUUGUUCUGUCGAUAUAGUCGCUUGUCGCCUCCUUUCCCUUUAUCACUUUGUUUGAUUGAUUCGCUGUGGCAACAAGUGUCCAAAAUGUGUGUACGAAAUGCUUUGUUGUCGUGUCUUUGGUUUACUGUUGCGUUCACGGCCAUUGCUUUGGCUGGCACUGAGCUUACUCAGGUGCCAGCGCAAUUGGCACACGUUAAUAAAUGUGGCAAUACUCAAAAGAUGGUCGAUGAGUGCUUUAACGAUUUGCCCGCCCAUCUAAUGGAUUUUUUGCAAAAUACCAAAACCGUUAUCAGCAAGAAGGAGAUCACAGCAAAAUGCAAUAUUUUCAAUCGCGGAAUGAAAUGCUUUGAUGACUAUUCGGCACGUUGUCUACAGAAUCGCAAACUAAACACAUUUAAAAAUAACGUUGAGGGUGCCAGGAAAUUCUUCUACAAGUUCUGUGGUGAUACAGACUUUCAAAAAGAUUACCUGCGGCAUAAAGAUUGCUUUGCCUACAUUCAAAUGGAUUGGGUUAGUUGCACAGCCGAAUUCGAAGCGAUACUCACGGAUGAGAUAAAUGAUUCGACACGUAAUACCAGCGAUAAAUUUGCGGACUUUUGUUGUGCCCGGCAUGCAUACGAGAAUUGCAUCUACACCAGCGCCCGAUACAAGUGCUACAAAAACUCGGCGGAGUUUGCACGUGAAACGGCCAAAAUGCUAUCCGAUGGCAAACACUUUCGAAACUGCGACGUAUUCGAAAAUGUGUGUGCAAAGGCUGCUUCGCUGAUAGUUUCCCACUGGCUGGACACUCAAUUAGGAUUGCUGCUAUUGUUGUUCAUAGCGUUGCGAAUUUUCCCAUAAAUUCGCAAAAGCAAAGUGAGGGUGUAUGUGUGUGUGUGUGUUUGAUUGCGCGUGUGUGUGAGUCUGAGUGUUUUGGGGGUCUCGAAUUGAGAGUGGGGCUCUCUAUUGAAUGCUUCUGGUUAAUGGGGUUGUCCUUAAGAGAAUGCAUAGCAUUCAGCUAAUUUUGUUAUUGCACUUGCAAGAAGGGUUUGCCUAGGGCGGGUUACUUGGUCGGACAGCGGCUUUGGUUAGUCUUUAAAACCAAAAACCUUUUCAUACAAACAACAUAACAUAAAUCGAUUUGCAGGGAUCGUUUGUUGUCCAUUUUUUGAUCAAUAAAACCAAAAAAAAAAAAACUAUUUCAAUAACACACA